AUGACCAAUCUGGAUAGAAAUAAAAUAUUCCCUCCAUUCUAUAACGAUCCCGAAGAAUUAAUAAACCCUUCGAAAAUAAAAACUACCGGUCCACCCAGACCCCCAAAUGGAUUUCUGUUGUGUCGCAAAAAUGUUCACAAACAAGCAAAAGAACGUGGUAUAUGUAACAUGAGAGCCAUAAGUAAGGUCACCGGCAUUCUAUGGAGAACUGCUUCGACUGACGAGAAAGAACAAUAUGAAAAACUAGCUAUCGAGAAAUCUUUGAAUUUAUAUCACAAUCACCAUCACCAUCAACCAUAUUAUAUUCCACAACCUAUGUUUGUCUCUAAUCCUAUAAUGCCUCAACAACCAAUCAUAAACGGUUACGAAAUACCGGAGUUUACCCAAGAAGAUUUUCAAAUGUUGUCUUUAUUUUUGUAA